UCACAGUAUUUGGUGACAGAAGAAGGUUGUGCUGCUCUGGUAUCAGCUCUGAGUUCAAACCCUUCACACCUGAGAGAGCUGGAUCUGAGCUACAAUCACCCAGGAGAAUCAGCACUGAAGCUGCUUUCUGAAGCACUCAACCAUCUGGACAAACUCAUAGUGGAUCACGGAGGAGAGUUCAGGAUGACACCAGGAUUACACAAAUACGCCUGUGAUCUCACACUGGAUCCAAACACAGUGAACCCUGAACUCGUUCUGUCUGAGGAGAACAGGAAGGUGACGCGUGUGGGACAGUAUCAGUCGUAUCCUGAUCAUCCAGAGAGAUUUGAUGUGUGGGAACAGGUUCUGUGUGGAGAGACUCUGACUGGACGCUGUUACUGGGAGGCUGAAUGGAGUGGAGAUGCUGAAAUAUCAGUGGCUUAUAAAGGAAUCAAGAGGAAAGGAGGGAGUGACUGUGUGUUUGGACUGAAUGAGAAGUCCUGGAGUCUGAUCUGCUCUGAUCACAGAUUCACUGUCCGUCACAAUAAGAAGGAAACUGUCGUAUCUUCUUCUUCAGUCAGUAAGAGAGCAGGAAUGUUUGUGGACGUGUCGGCCGGCACUCUGUCCUUCUACAGCGUCUCUGACACACACACACUCACACACUUACACACAUUCACACACACAUUCACUGAUCAACCCCUCUGUGCUGGAUUUAUGGUUUAUUAUUCAGACUCUUCAGUGUCUCUGUGUCACAUUAAACAACACUGACUGACACACACUGUAAAAAAAUAAUUAUGCAUAAUUAUACUAAUUAUGUGUUACACAGUUGAUCUAUUUUCAUUAAUGCUGAACGUUUGUCUCUCUGUGCUGUCGUUCAUUUCAGUGUUUUUACAUGUUUUGUUGUUUUAAUGUUCAAUUAGAGAGUUUGGAUUGAAUCUAAUACAGAGGAACUGUUGAACAGAAAAGUAAAUGAGUCUGUGACAAAUAAUAAUAUAUAACAUAUAGAAAGAUUAUGUAAUAUAGAAAACACUCGUAUUACUAUGAAUGGGAGAAAGUUCAAACAAAAGAGCCAAUCAGUGAUUGAUAAAGUCAUCGCAUCACUGAAGCUGCUGGAAGCUCUGGUUGCUAUAGUUGCUAUAGUCAGUGUUUUUGCUGAUCAGCCUGAAAAAUAAAGUUUUUUAACACUAUUUGAGCAGAAGAAAACACAUUAAUGAUGCAGUUGUUGUCAGAUUUCAUUGGUGAUUUCAAAUAUGACAUUUAAUCAUUAUCUUAGUCAACAGCUUUGGAGAAUUUUGAUUGGUUUCCUCAUUCAGAGAUAUCAGGAGCUGCAGUCACAUGACUGAAAUAGAGGUGAAUCAAAGAUGGCCGCCGGGUGAAAUGACUUUAGUUUUCUUCAUGAUAAAUCACAACUUUGAUCGCUUCACACAACGGUUCUGUGUAUCACUGCAACACCCUAGCAACCACCCCUAGCAACAUAAUCAUGUUUGUUCUUUUUUGAAUAAAAACAUGAACUAAAAGUCUAAAAUGUUUAAAGUAAAUGUUGAUUUGUAAUAAAUGUGAUAACUUCUCCCGCUCUAUAAAUCGCUGCUGUAACUGCAGAAACGAGAGUAAUAAUGAUGUUUAUCAGCGAUGAUGACGGUCCAUCAGUUCACAGUCAAACAGCUCUAUUGAGGCUCCAAACAUACAGAAGUGCCCAAAGAGAUUGAAUUAAACCAUCAACAUAUGAGGAGAAACAAACACUGAACUUACGUCAUGUAUUUUCUGACAAAUUAAUGCUACAUGUACAGCUUUAUUCUUUUC